GGGCUUGACUACCAUCCAUUUCCUGGGAUGGGGUAUGCAGAUAAAGAGACUCAAAAGACGUCAUUUCUGUUGCAAAUAGAACUGGCAAAGAAACUCCAGAAGCCCAUAGUGUUACACACAAGAGAAGCAGAUGAAGACACUCAAAAAACAAUGACAGAAAACAUUCCAUUUGACUUCCCGAUGGACAUUCAUUGCUACACCGCGUCUCUCGAUUUCGCAAAAUGGGUGCUUGAAAAGUACCCAAACGCUUACUUCGGGUUUGCGGGAGUCGUGACGUUCAAAAACGCGAAGAAUGUCCUCGACGUCGUCAAAGUCGUUCCCCUUGAUAAGAUCCUCCUUGAGACAGACGCGCCUUUCAUGGCACCUAUCCCGUUCAGAGGAAAGCCAAGUCACUCAGGAAUGAUUCCAUGGAUAGCAGAGACCAUAGCAAAGACAAAGGGAGUUUCGUUAGAAGAAGUUCUUAGACAAACCACAAUAAAUGCGAAAAAGCUCUUUAAAAUUUAA